AUGGCUGCUCACAACGGCCACGCAGAGGUUAUUGCUAGGCUGCUGGCAAGUGCAGCUGAUGUAAACCAGCUGGCCCCGGGCGGAACAACAGCCCUUUACAUAGCUGCCCAAGGCCAACACGCAGAGGCUGUUGCCCGCCUCCUCGCAGGGGGAGCUGCAGUUAACUCGGCGGUUGAUGGAGGUGGCACAGCCCUACAUGUUGCGGCACAAAAUGGCCAUACAGAGGCUGUAGCUUGGCUCCUUGCAGGAAGUGCUGAAGUGGAUGCAAUCAUGGAGGGUGGCAUUACUCCUCUUUUCAUGGCUGCACAAAGUGGGCACAUAGAGGUGAUCGUCCGCUUGCUCGCCCAGGGAGCAUCAGUCAACGUGGCUGCGGAGAAUGGCGCAACAUCUCUCCAUUAUGCUGCCCUACAUGGACACGCUGAGUCCGUGGCACGGCUGCUGGUGGCACGCUCAGAUGUCAACGAAACCACGCGGAGUGGUGGAACGGCUCUUCAUGUUGCAGCCCAAAGUGGCCACACCGAAGCAGUUGCCUGGUUGCUGGCCGGCCGCGCAGAUGUUCACAAGGAGAUGAUGGGCGGGUCCACAGCGCUGUACCUGGCCUCCCUGGGAGGCCACUCUGAGGUGAUCGCCUGGCUCCUUGCAAAGCAGGCGCAGGCUGACGUCCCACCAGCCUCUGCAUCGCCACUCUACGCGGCCGUGCGCAGCGGCCACGAGGAGGCGGUGAGCCGGCUGCUCUCAGGCAGUGCGAACCCCAACUGCACCACCUCCCAUCGGGGCCCCUCGCCAAUGCGAGCAGCGGUUCUAAAUGGCCACACAGAGGCUGGUGAGUUCAGGAAGUCCGCCCAAUUUUGGAUGCAGAGUUCGGGGGUCAAUGGAGUUUGUUUAAGUAUGUUAGAACGCAGCGCUAUUCGUGAAAUCAAACCUUUACGCUGGGGCUCUCGUAUCCAUGCAUGGAUACGAGAGAAGGACCUCCGCUCCUAG